AUGGAUGCUGUGAUGCGUGUGAUUGAAGGAGUCAGCCGCAUGAGAAUCACCACCAAAGAGGUCAAAUCGAAGCAUGGCCCAACAAUAAGGACUGAUCUGGGGCCAGAGACCUUAAGGCCCAACCUGAGCGAGCCCAGUGAUAUCCUGCAGAUGGACCAGAUAGAGAAGCUGGCCAAAAACCUCCCUCCCAGGACCAUCGGCUACCACUGGUCUCUGGCCUUCAGCACCAACAAAUAUAGCAUGAGCAUCAAGAUCCUGUACCGGGCCAUGCAGGGCCUGGACACACCCGUGCUCAUGGUGAUCAAGGACAGCGACGGACAUAUGUUUGGAGCCCUGGCCUCUGAACCCUUUAAAGUCAGCAACAGCUUCUAUGGAACAGGAGAGACCUUCCUUUUUACCUUCUGUCCAGACUUCGAGUUGUACAGAUUCACUUAA